AUUCCCUUCCUCAACCCCGGUAGAUGAGGGCUCGAGGGUUGGAUUGGACGAAAACAUCAUGGCGCUGUGCCAUUGCCAGAUUACUGACCGGGGGUUCGCCGAUGCUACUGACAUGGUUGGACCUUCCAUUGAAGUCCUGAGACCUACCAGCACCCAAACCGCCCUGGACGCUCCUUCAGGGUUCUUCACGGUCCAUCUGGCAUCUUUAAAGAAGGGGCUGCGCUUCCCACUCCACCCGUUGUUGGUCGAAUUCCUCAACGUGGUGGACCUUCUCCCGUGCCAGUUGGUUCCCAACUCUCACCGGUACAUCGCCGGUUAUCUGAGGUCCAGUAAACUCUUUGCUAGUGACAAGAAGGGGUCAACCAAAGAUUGGAAACCUUUCUUUGUCUUCGUCUCGACGGGGCCCGAAUCUCCUUUCACGGGUUCAGGGCGCCCUUCCUUCCGCCGCGUCCCAUGCCCCCCACCCGAUGCCACCCUUGUAUCCAUCACUCGCCAACUCUGCAACAAGGGAGUUCUGAACAUCAAGGAGGUGGUGACAGAGGAAACCCUUGCCGGGUUGGGGUUCGAGUUCGUCCAGGAUGAGCUUCGUCACCAACCCGACCUGCUGAGGGACAUUCCCGGGGGGCAUCAGCCUGACCAGCUAAAGGACAUUCCUGAGGAAGGUCUUGACUGUGGUCCUUUUGUGGAAUUACAAGAUUCAGGAGAAGAGAUGGAUAGCGAACUCCUACUCAGUCGCUUCACUGCAGGGAAGAAGAGGAAGAGAGACGCGAAGAGCCAAGGCAAGCGUUCUUCCUCCCGCCGAGAAGAGAGUCCUCCCCGGGAGCCAGCUGUGAUUGUGGUGGAGGACCAAGAUGAGGCUGCCCUGGAAAUGGGUACAAUGGUGGGCCAGUCCCCUCCCCGCUUAGUGAUGCCGGGCGGCGACCUUGCGGGGUCGUCCCAGGGAGCUGCUGCCUCGGAGCGACCUCCCUCGCCGCCAGUAGUGACCUAUGAGGUGGCGAGCGGGGGUCGCUCGACGAGGCUCUGCAUUCCUCCUCCGCCCCGAAACCUAGGGGAUGUGCAACUGGAGACUCUGAUCACCCUGCCUGCAGAGGACCAAGCUCGUAUCUCAGCAGGUUCUGAGGACGACCUUGACAACAUGGUCCUCUUGAGACUUAGUCAGGCCACGCUGGGAAUGAUUGAAGUGGUUGGCAGGAAACGGGGUCGCCAAGCUGCCUCGGACGAAGCGAUGAAGGCAGCCGAGGCCAAGCAGACGGAGUUGCAAGAAGAGGUCGCCCGCCUUACAAGGGAGUUGGAGGAGAGGGAGAUUCGCUGUGCCGCCCUUGAGAUGGAGAAAGCUUCCCAAGAGGACCGCUGUGUCGCCCUUGAGGCAGACAAGGCCUCAUUAUCCUCUGAGGUGGAAUUUGUCUCUGCUCGUGUGGUCGAGCUGGAAGGGGAGAAGUCUGACCUGAUCCGGCAGUUGGAGAGGGAGAGGAGCGACCGGGUCCGCCACGCAGAGGAAGCGGUAGAAUCCUUCAAGUCCUCUCCUGAUUUCACGAUGGUCGCGAUGGAGCGGAUGGACAAGCUAACAGCUGCUUGGCUCCAAACUGAACCUGUGGCUCAAUGGAUGGUCAAGGAAGGGACCAAGUCCUUCAAUUGCGGACUCUUUCGCGCCCCACAAGUUUUCUGUGACAGACUAGCUCAGCUCCCCAAAGGAUUUUCUCUUCCCGACCUUGGCUUCCCCCCUCCCUGCCGCUCCUUGGCCGAGUUCGACCCCAGUUCUUACUUGGACGGAGGGAGCUCGAGUGCCUCUGAAGGAGAAGAAGAAGAAGGAGAAGAAGAUGCUCCAGGCGACCAGAAUCCGGGGGCUAGCUUAGCCACGUCCAAGGCGGGUGGAAACCCCAGCUCGAGCGUUUAACCCCCCUUGCUGUCCUCUUUCAGUUUGUUAGACACUUGUAAUUUUUCCUUCGGAAUGGCUUGUCGUUUUGAUACAAUGCUCCCAUGUAAUUUGACUUGCUGGAUUCACCAUGUGCCUCCCUUUUUCAGCGUCUUACUUCAGCACUCUCUUCUUUAGUUUAGCGGAUUUACAUGUAUGUUUUAGUUUGGGCCCAACUUCUAAUCCCGGCCCGAUUAUCUGACCAGG